ACAUUACGGCUUCGCAGUCUUGGCUCAUGGAGCGAGUUAUGUGCUGUUCGCCUGAGCCCAAGGUCGUUUGGUAGUUCGCGACGUCGCUGGCUGGCUCAACUAGUGUCGCGCUCGUGUGUGGCACAUCAUUUGCAGUAAAAUUGGGCGUUAGCGCAGCUAAAGAGAGGUUGCAAGAGGGCAUCGACAUUGGGGUGGAGUGCACUUCUGCCUUUCCACGGCGUGCAUGCUGUUCGUCGCUUGAUUUGGCAUAAAUGGCGCCUCAUUGAGUGGAGGGACAGCACCUAGCGUGGCACACUCUGCGUCCGCGUGCUUGGGACGGCCGAGUCGCCCGCAAGCUACCGGUAGUUGCGUGCCUUUGGAUUCAGCGGCAAAAUGGACGCAUAUCAGGAGCUAAAGCUGAUUGGGAAGGGCACUUAUGGAAAAGUCUACCAGGUCCGCAGCAAGGUGGAUGAUGACAUCUGUGUCGUCAAGAAGGUGCAGUUUGACGGCACGCCGCAGUCGGAGGCGGAGGCAGCGCUGCGGGAAGGGCAGGUGCUGAGCCUGCUUCGCCACCCGCACGUGGUCCCCUACAAGGAGUUCUUCAAGCACACGGAUGGCGACCUCUGCCUGGUCAUGGCGUUUUGCGAGGGCGGUGACCUGUUCAAAUACAUCCGCGAGCUCCGGGACAAGGGCCAGACGGUGCCCGAGCCGCAGGUGUGGGCCUGGCUGGUGCAGCUGCUGCUGUCGCUGUCGUACAUCCACAGCAAGCGCAUCCUGCACCGCGACGUCAAGACACAAAACAUCUUUCUGUCGGGAGGCAAGGUGCUGCUGGGCGACUUUGGACUGGCCAAGCAGCUGCAGCGCACCUUUGAGAUGGCCCGCACGCCCAUUGGCACGCCCUACUACAUGGCGCCCGAGAUCUACGAGGAGCAGCCGUACAGCUUCAAAAGCGAUGUGUGGGCUCUGGGCUGCGUCAUGUACGAGAUGAUGACGGGCCGGGCGGCCUUCGCGGCAGACAACCUCAGUCGCGUCGUGCUGAGGGUCAUCCGCGGUCAGUACGACCCGCUGCCGGACAGCUACAGCAGCGCGCUGCGCAUGGUGGUCACGUCCAUGCUGUGCAAGGAGGUCAAGGCGCGGCCCGACGCCAACCAGCUGCUCACCGUGCCGGCCGUGGUGCCGCACGUGCAGUCCUACCUGGAGUCGCUGACUGCGGAGGGCCCCAGCGGCUGGGCCACCUGGCGUAUGAAGCUGCCGCUGGCGGCCAUGGUGCAGAUGACUGAGGCCCUGGAGGCGGCGGGCGUGCCCUUCGGCGGCCGCCGCUCCCACACCGGCGGCGGCGGCGUUUCCGCGCCCUCCUCCAACCGCACCUCCGUCAGUGGCGCCACCCCGCAGUUAUCGGUGGAGCCGGAGCCGCUGCAGGAGGAGCCGUCUCUGUCUCCGGAGCCGCCCGCAGCCGCCGGCGGAGGCCUGGCGCCCGCCACGCCGGAUCAGAAGCUGGGCGCGCCCGGGGUGGUGGCCGGGCAGGUAGUGAAGCUGCCGCCGCUGCCGGGUGCCAAGCCCGUGCGCACGCCAUACGGCCUCGCAACGCCGUUCAUGGGCGGCGCGGUGUCUCCGCCCCAGCACUACGCCGAGCUGCAGGUGUUGGCGCAUCAGGUCAUGGCCAUACGCACCUCCCAGUGCGGGGACGGCUCGGAGGCAGGCGGCGCGGGGCCGGACCCGGAGGGCGCGGCGGCGGGCGGCGCAGCCGGCACCAACGCAGGGCCGGCGCCGGGCGAGGUGCCUGAUGUGGUGAAGGCGCUAGACCGCACGUUGAUCAAGACGCUUGAAGUUGCACGCCGGGCGACGGAGGCGGACGGGUGUGGGCCGGAUGCUGGAGGAGGCGGUGGUGGAGGCGGUGGUGGAGGCGGUGGUGGCGGUGGAGGCAUUGAUGAGGCGUGGCUGUCCGCGGGACUACCACAGGGCGGGUUCGGCUUCGGCGGCGGCGGAUUCGGCGCCCCGCCCCCACCCGCGCCCGCACCCAAGCCCUCUAAACCGUCGGACGUGGUGUCGCUGCCGCCCAUCGCGCCGCGGCGGCCCGUCUCCGCCAAGGCGCUGUCGCAGGCCGCCACACCCGAGCCGCCCACGCCCUCCGCCAACGCGCCGGCCCGGGCGGUGCCGUAUGAGGUGCCGGACGAGGGCUUCGCAUCGAUCAGCCAGGUGUCGCUGCACGCGCAGUCGCUGGUGAACCGGCGUGCCAACCUGGAGGUGUACUGCGGCCAGCUGCUGGGGCCGGAGCUCAUGGAGCAGGUCAUGCAGGCUGUGUCUGAGGCGCAGAAGACCAGCGACGCGCUGGGCGGCAAGGGCGGCGUGGCGGCGGCGGAGGCGGCUCUGGCGCGGCAGCUGGACCGGCUGUUGGCGGGGCACGAGCAGGGGCCGCAGCUGCGGGCCGAGGUGGGGCCGCUGCUGGAGGAGCUGGCGCUGCUGCGCGUGGGCUGACCAGGCGGAGGUAGCAGGAGCAGGAGGAGGCCCAGGGGGAGAGGGCAGGGAGGCAGGGGGUGGGCGCAGGGAGGCAGGGGGCGUGAGCAAGAUGCGAGGAGAGAGCGGUGCGCGGCGCGGGGCGUGUGUGUGCGUGCGGCGUGCGGCGUGCGCCGGUGCGGGCGCUGUCACGCCGGGUGCUGCGGUAUUGAUUGGUUGCGAUAGCUCUCGAUGUGCUGUGUGCGCUGAGUAGCAAGUUUCGUGUUGCAGGAAUGCGCAGGCGGGGAGUGUGGGGCAGGGGGAAAGGGCUUCAUGAGCAUAUAAGUAGGGAGAGUAGGCCCUCAAGCAGCGUGGAAGCAAAGAAAGGUGGCUGUCCCUCUCGAGGGAAAACUGGGCUGCAUGCCCCAUGCCACGUUGGCACAUGCCUGAGGCCGAAGGUUUGAAACUACCUUGUUUCCCGGACACAGGAGUGACCACUAUUACAACUGUAGAAGGAUGAGGCGGAAUAAUAAAACCCGUAGACUUUCGUCUGUAGCCUGGGCACUGCGUGUGUUGUUGUAGCGAGGCAGGAUGCAGGUUGUUCAAAGGGCGCCGAGGCGCUUGGAUUCUGGAUGAAGGCGACUGCGAGAUAUGGAGGUGUCGGGCUCACUGGUCCGAGUAGCAUGAUGGGUGUUGGAGGUCCAGACGCCUUGCGUGGCGAAGCUAGCAGGUUAGUUAGGCGCUGCCCCUCGAGAGAUGAGUCAUCUAUGGUGAUGGGGACCACAACAAGGCGAGCGGAAGAAACAACGGCAGGCGAAUUUCUGUUCUUGUUUGGUGUGUGUGGUUGGGCUGUUGAAGGAAGCUGCAGUCAGCCCUUCCUGUAAUCCAGCUCGGAAGCACCACAGCCCUCUGCUGUUUCGUCCGCCACGUGUGGCCUGUUCCAGCGGCGCGCCCUCUGUGCAUGAGGUGCCAUCGUGCCGUGUCAUGCACGCGC